UUUUACAUUCCUAAUGAUGGAAAUUUUUAAAAUAGACCUAGGGAUAAUGGAAAAUUUUGCAAUUUUUACCGGAUUAAAACAGGACUGGGCAAGCACUAAUAAUUUGUCUUGAGCAACAAUCUUAGGUAUCAUAUCGGGAUUUUACAAAAAACAUUCGUAUUUUACAUCUUUGAACGGAAAUCAAAUAAUUUUUCAAAUUAUUUGAUCAAAUAUUCGAUUUUCCGACGUCAAAUAUUUGUUUGGUCAGGUCUUUCUAAUCUCAAAAAGUGAUUAAAUAAGUGAGAUUCCGCCUUAAUAAUUUUUAACUCAGAUUGGAAAGAAUCAAGAAUCAUCAAUUAUAAAAAGAAUGAUCCUGCUAUGGAUUAUAAGAAAGAAAAAAUUACCAAACUUCUCUAUUCAAAGUUUAAUGAAGGAAAAGGCGAAGCCCUUGCAGCCGAUGAAGUCUGUUAUGCAUUUGAUCAGGAUGUUAUGUAUGAGGAGAAAGUUAGAAAUCAGUAUUAUAAAAAAUUCAAAAAAAGAAAAAUGACUUGUGACAAUGAUCAGACUGGUGAGCAUAAAAAACGGAAAUCUGCCAAAAAACAGAAGGUAAAUAAGCCUGUUAAUUUUGGACAUGCUAUUCAAGACGGCAGCGGGAAUUACAGCAAAGAGGAAGUAUCUAAUUCAACAAACGAACAUCGUGAAUUUAAUUCGGUGUCUUCUCAUACUAGUAGCAACAAAAAUGCUGAAACUAAUCAGGAAACGAAUAUUCCCGCUAAUUUUUUCGAAGGAUUGGAAGAUUAUUUGAAAUCAAUUGAUAAAGUUAACGCCGAACCUAACGAUUCUAUUCCUGAAAGCGAAUUCAGUACUGACAGUAUUUGGAAUGAAUUAAGUAGCAUGACAAAUAUAGCAUCUGAAAACAAUGCGAUAUCCGACAGUGAAUCGACCACAAAUGUUAAAAGUAAGGAUAACAUUAAAGGUAACAUGGAGCCAAAUGAAAUGGGGGAACAUAAUCUGAACUUUGACUGGAAUACUGAUGAACCUCAAAACCUGGGUAAGUUUUAUUUUUACCUGCUAAAAUGGCCAGUCUUUUCCGAUUCUAUUAAACUUGACAAAAUUUACAGUUUCUUAACUUGUUAUACUAUUCUUUAGAUAAGUUUUGAAUAAAAAUAUAAUUUAAUUCACAAUACAGAUACAAUUUACCCUCAUCAUUAGCAAAUGCAAAAAGAAGAUUCGACACACCAUUUAAAUUCUAUACAAUGAUGAGUAGGGCCUGACAAAAUAUGCAUGCCUUGUAUGCGGAUAUGCAUUGAAGUGGGAAGCCUAAUUAUGGUGUUUUUACGUUGGUCGGAGCAAUUUAGGACCCUGUUCUUAAUGCAGAUAUUUGCAUAUUUUGAUACUUUUGUGCAUAUUUUGUCAAGCCCUAAUGUAAAUUUCAAAUGUAAAAUCGAAAACCGCGAUUAUUGAAAAGCCUAUGAUUUUAAAUUGUACUCAAAGAGUAUUGGAAUUUUAGUCACUGAUACAAAUGUAUCACAGUAAAACUGUAAAUUAUUUAUUCCCCUCAAUUAUAGUGCGUUGCAAAAUUAUAAGAACAGGCCAAAAACACGCAACAC